AUGCUGCAGGUGGCUCUCCUGCUGGCUCUUGGUGCCCCCACAAUCUCCAUCUUCCUGAAGCCACCUGGGGUGAUCUCACCAGGAGGCUCCACCACCAUCUGCUGCAGCUGUCAGUGUGCCACUGGGCACUUGGUGCUCUCCAAGGAUGGGCACCAGCUGCGUGCUCUGGAGCUGCGUGGGGGCAGGGCUGAGUUCUCCAUCUCCAAUGCCACCCAAAGGGAUGCAGGAGCCUACAGCUGCCAGUACCAGGCUGGAGGCACUGUGCUGGCUCACAGUGAAGUCCUGCAUGUGAUGGUACAAGAGCUCCCUCUCCCCAGGCCGGUGCUGCGGGUGCUGCCGGGGCGGGAGGUGAGCGCCGGCGCCGCCGUGACUCUGCGCUGCACCACUGCGCACCCUGCGGCUCGCUGCCUCCUCUACCUGCAGGGCCAGCUGGCAGCCCUGGUGGUGCUCUCCAAGCAGGAAGAGGAUUUCAACAUCUCCCAUGUGCAGGAAGCCGAUGGAGGCCACUACAGCUGCCAGUGCUUCAGUCAGGAUGCUUUCUUCAGGUGGUCUGCUGCCAGCGAGCCCCUGGAGCUGGUGGUGAGAGAUUACACCUGGAGCAACACAGUGCACCUGGCCCUGGGGGCUGGGGUCCUGCUGCUGCUGGGGCUGAUCCUGGCU